ACAUUCUUAUGGCAGUAGUUUUCAGUUGAAUUUCUACAACAUCCUCCGGUCUGGUGAAGAAUUGUAUCGGUUCAAAAUGAAUAAGGACUCUGACUGCAGAACCAGCCCGUCCCUCUCUUCUACUGGAGCCAAACCCACGCGGGUCCUGUGUCCUGACAGGAACCACAGAAUCCCAGGCCCCCUGCUGGAUGCAGCAUUGGUCAACGGGGGCUGGGAUUCUUUUUGUAGAGAGAGAAAAGCUCCAUUGGCAGUACCUGAACUGCAGGAGAAUCGUCAGAAACCCAAGACACUGCACACUUGUCCAGUGUGUGGAAGGCACUGUCAAAAGUUAUCCAUACUUCAGAUCCAUAUGAGAAUCCACACUGGAGAGAAGCCGUACCCCUGCUCCGACUGUGGCAAGAAGUUUGCUCACCUGGGGGCCAUGAGACGCCAUCUCCUUACACACACGGGAGAGAAGCCAUACUGCUGCUCUGUGUGUGGGAAGAGUUUCACCCAGUCAGGACACCUGAGGGAGCACCAGCAAUCUCACUCUGGAGAGAAGCAUCCCUGCUUGAUCUGUGGGAAACAGUACAUCAGAUCAGAAGACCUGAAGAUCCACCACAGAGUUCAUACAGGGGAGAGACCCUAUCGCUGUGCUGACUGUGGCAAGAGCUACAUCCGCUCCAAGAACCUCCGGGCUCACAAGCUGACCCACCAGAGGACAACAGGAGUGGGUAGGAUGGGGGAGGAGCCGGCAGCUUCUAACCAGGUGAAAGUCAAGGAGGAGGAAGAGGUUUGCGGUGUCAUCACUUCUGAAGGACAAGAUGUCAACUGGAGUUUCCCCAGUCUCAGGGGGAGUACAGUCUGUGGUUCUGGAACUGAAGGAGGUCCAUCUACGUCACGGGUCAACCAGCAGGCUGGGGCCCACUCAAGCCCGAAGGCUAGAGAGUCCUUGGAUCCUGACCAAAGCCUUGAGGAAGACAUCAGUCAGACCCUUGGGAUGAACAUGACUGUAGAAGAAGAGGGGGAAGUGAAAAAAGAAGAAAGGGAGGCAAAAGAAGAAGAGGAGGAAGUUGGUGGUUUCAUUAAUUCCGAAGGGGAGGAAGUUGAAUGGGAUUCUGUUCAACAUAGAGUGAGUCCCAGCCGUGAUUUAGACUUCGAAGACCGCCCCACUGCACCAGGACGACCUGAGAAACACCAGGAGAUUUACAAGACUCCAACUAAGACGUCCCACUGCUGCUCAGUGUGUGGAAGAGAAUGCCAUAAGCUCUCUGUGCUUCAGAUCCACAUGAGAAUCCACACGGGAGAGAAGCCGUACCCCUGCCCCGACUGUGGCAAGAAGUUUGCUCAUCUGGGGGCCAUGAGGCGCCAUCUCCUCACACACACAGGGGAGAAGCCAUACUCUUGCUCCGUGUGUGGGAAGGGUUUCACCCAGUCAGGACACCUGAGGGAGCACCAGCAGUCUCACUCCGGAGAGAAGCCUCACCUCUGUGUGGUCUGCGGGAGGGGCUUCUCGCGAGUCUCCGACCUGAAGAUCCACCACAGGGUCCACACGGGGGAGAGGCCGUACAGCUGCGAGAACUGUGGGAAGAGGUACGCCCGCUCACAGAAGCUACGUGCUCACCAGCGGACGCACCACGCGACCAGGACAGACGCCGAGGACAGGGACACGUCCAGUGCGGAAGCUUUCACAAUUAAGGCCUGACGGGCCUGGCGUCAAUGUAGGUGAUGUUAGCGGUGUGGACAACAAGGACACACCGCGGAAGUCAAGUGUACAGACUGAAGAUCCUUCAUGAUGUUGGUAUAGCAGACUGAUGUCUGAUCCGACAGGUAUCUGAGAUCUAUAUUCCAGUUGAAGGAGGAAUAGAGUUCUGACACCAGUGAAAAUACACUCUGGCAUAAGUCCGGAUUGGGGAGACCUCUGAGCCCCUGACCUCUGAGCCCGACCCCCUUCAAAACAGACAUGUUUGUCUCUGAGCAACAUCUUCUAGAAGUAACUUCUUUAUUAAGAACAAAUUAAUUUUACAAUGACUGUGAUGUGGUUGUCUCACUCAAUAUCAUGUAAAUAUGGGUACUGUUGUGGGAUCAGCUUCCUCUUCCCCAUCUUAACUUUAACCAUUAGUGGGAGAAAUACCAAACUGACCCCAAAUCAGCAUAAAGGUGCAAUUUCCUCCUAAUUCAUGUUACCUGGUUGGACUUACAUCAGAGAGCCCAAGCAUUGUUUUAAUGAGGAAGAACUGUAGACUUGGUUGUAAAUUGUUGCAAUGGAUGUAGUUUCCGAAUUCCAAUUGAACCAAAAAGUGAAUCCAUUACAGACGACAUCGCUCAGAUGAAGGUCCAGUGAUCCGAACUGGAACCACGUAAUGUUUGUUCUCUAACUAUCCUGUGUGAGAAACACAUUUUAAACGAUGUCCCAUAAGGUUUAAUAGGUUAUGUAACAAUUGUAGUCUCUGUAUCAUACAGACAGUCUACUACAUGACAACUCAGCACACAGAGGGAGAAUUAGGACUGAUUCAGGUUAUGACGCCUCCAUGUGCAAGGUUUGAAUAAAUAAUGAUUGAAUAAGUAAGCAAAAUAAUAUAAAUCUAUAAAAACCGUGAUAUUUAUAA